AUGAAUUGGACGGAAGGCAACCUGUCGCGCCAUUCCAGGGGCCGCCAGCGAAACGUCUCGCUCAUGAAGCAAAAACAGCAUUUCGCAAAGGCCCGAAACAGUCUUCUCGGAAACGGCAGGAAGCAGAGCCCGAUAUCCAUAUCCUUCCACGGUGCGCAAAACCCACGAUCCCCGGCACGCCGAGGAGAACAUCGCAAGGAAUCGCCCCGAUCACCGUCGAGCCCGAUGCUGGCAGAGAGGCGGAAGUCGACCGAGAGUUCCCAGGCCGAUGUGGACAACGAGACCUUCAUCCGCGAAAAAAAGAGACGCCUGCUUGAAAAGUCAGACUGGGCCGGACUGAACUUGCAGCAACCGAUCGACAUCAGCUUUCCCAAGCAACUCCAGACAUCCGCCAGCUCGAGAUGGGGUAGGAUAGGUUUCUCACGGACGCAGGCUACGCAGAAACGCCGCGAACCUGUUGAGGUACAUCGAGCAGAAGCCAGUCGAGAAAGUCACGGCCAUCCCCUGAGAAUUCGGAUAGGCAGCCACGAGAUCCAACCAAAUACGAGCACAUCGCCUCGUGCCAGCACCAGGAGAUACAGUCUAGAGCCACGCCCUAUAGCGGACUUAGCACGGAAAAAGUCGAGCCCGAUAUCGAGUCCUAUUCCUAGCCAAGCUCGUCAGCUCUAUGUGGCGGCAGGGACUAGCCAAACCUUGAGGGAGCGAAAGGGCAGCUUUCGAGGAGGAGCAAGGCACCCUGGCAGUGCUCGCUUCGAGGCUUCCACCAAGCCACCGAGGCCAGAGGAGCCAGCCCGUACCGUCUACUCCUCCUCUACCAUUCACGAACCCACCCCUCGCCGAGCUAAUCAUUUUACGGUAUUACACUGGUCUCCUAGGAGAUCGGACGGCCAGGAGGGGAGCCUUCAAGUAGAAAUCGACCACCCCGUGCCAUCAGUUUCCUCGUCGCAGGCAGCAGACCAGCAACUGUGGAGAUCCUGGCUUCCGAGCUCUUCUGACAACCCUCAAAACGACUCUCCAACUAAAUCGUCGAUUACUGGCCCUGUGGUGAGUUCAAGCCCUAACACGUUGCCACCCCAUUUUCAGAGGCUGUUACCAGCCUACGCAGUACCUAGCGAGCCAGAGACGAGAACUGGUCACGUGUGUUCCGUUUGGGGCACAAAGACUAGCGGCCAGGAGGAUUCUCAGGUUGAAAUCGGUGAUAGCGACCGUCAGUCGGCUGAGAAGCGUAGUCCGAGCCAUCGGCCCCAAGCCCAGGACACCCAUGACGAUAGGGCCUGGAUGAAAUUUGUCUUCGAUGACAAUAGCGAUGAGAUACAAGCGAAAGCGUUCGCAGAGGCCGCACAUCAGGCCGCUAAAGAGCUACACCCAUCUGAGGCGCCGGCGAGCAUGCUUGACGCAACCGAAACCGUUGCGACGUGUGGGACGGACAGAUGUAAUGAAGGGGAGGAAGAUGAAAGAGAAGUAACACCAGGAGAAGAUUUGAUCGAGAGCAGGAAGACAGGAUACGAAACGGUGAGUUCCGAUUUAACCAGUACUAUGGCCACGGCAGGGUCAACAGUUGUAACUGAGCCGGAGCCGCGAUUUCGCUUCACACUUCCGAGGACUUUCGUCGGGAAGUUGGCAUUUGCCGAUUCUAACGCCGUUACGCGAACCCCAACCCUACUAUCGUCAAACGGAGUCAGAAAAGGUAAAGGAUGGCGAAGGAGGAGAGCGAAGGACGGGAGAGCUGAUAUUCGGCUGCUCCCAGAUUAUGAGGAUGACCCGAUCGAGGAAUCUGGCGAUGAUCAAUAG